GCUCAUAGUUUCCAUUCAAAAGAAAUUGGAGCAGUUUCAGCCUUUUCAGUGUACUAUUAGUGCUUCAGACAUAUGGCUCAAUCCAGAACCAGAUUUUUGCAUGGAUUUCUUGGAUUGUUUGCAUUUGUGCUUCUUUUUGUUUUUGUUACUGGAGAGAGGGAUUUGAAAGAUGAGAUUAGAAUUGAAGAGGUGGAGGAAGUUCAAAUUGUUUCGAAUUAUUUUACGAGUGUAAAAAAAUUCCUUUGGGAUGCAAAUGUUGGAUCAGUUUAUGAACAUGUUUGGCCUGAAAUGAAAUUUGGGUGGAGAAUCAUUGUUGGCUCGGUUAUCGGAUUCUUAGGAGCAGCAUUUGGAAGUGUAGGAGGAAUUGGUUCUGGUGGGAUUUUUGUUCCUAUGCUUACCCUUAUUAUUGGGUUUGAUGCAAAAUCUGCAGCUCCAAUAUCUAAGUGUAUGAUCGUGGGUUUAACUGUUUCAACUGUCUACUACAACCUUAAGCGAAGGCAUCCAACUAUUGAUAUGCCUAUGAUUGAUUACAACUUGGCGCUGCUAAUCCAGCCAAUGCUCAUGCUUGGAAUUAGUAUCGGAGUUACUUGCAGCGUCAUCUUUGCUGAUUGGAUGCUCACUGUUCUCCUGAUUAUCUUUUUUGUUGGCACGUCAACCAUGUCGUUCUUCAAGGGUGUGGAUAAAUGGAAACAGGAAACCAUAUUAAAGAAGGAGGCUGCAAACCGCUUAAAGUUGAAUGACAGUCAAGAAGCGCUGCUUAAUAAGCCUCUAUUAAGUAGUCCAAGCCUGAAUGAUGCUGGAGAUAAGGAGGAGGUACCUAUUCUUGAAAAUAUUCAAUGGAGAGAGUUCAGCCUUAUUGUCUUCGUCUGGGUAUCGUUCCUUGUUUUGCAAAUUGCAAAGAUUAAUACAGCAACCUGUUCAGUAUGGUACUGGAUAUUGAACUUAACGCAGAUACCUGUUGCUGUGGGGGUCGCUUCCUAUGGGGCAGUUAGCUUAUACACAGGAAAGACGAAAAUUGCCUCUAUAGGAGAACAUGGCACGAACUUUAAAGUGCACCAAUUGAUUACCUAUUGCUUCUUCGGAGUACUGGCUGGAAUGGUUGGCGGGCUCUUGGGUCUUGGCGGAGGCUUUAUCUUGGGACCACUCUUCUUGGAGAUGGGCAUCCCUCCUCAGGUUUCGAGUGCGACAGCCAUCUUUGCCAUGACAUUCUCCGCGUCCAUGGCAGUUAUUGAAUAUUACCUUCUACAUCGUUUUCCAGUCCCUUACGCUCUUUACUUCAUGGGAGUUGCUGUUCUCGCUGCCUUAGCAGGACAACAUGUAGUAAGAAAGGUGAUCAAGUCCUUAGGACGCACAUCUAUUAUAAUCUUCAUUUUGGCAUUCACAAUCUUCAUCAGUGCAAUCUUCCUUGGUGGUACUGGUAUUGCAAAUAUUAUUGUCAAGAUUCAUCAGAAGGAGUACAUGGGAUUUGAGAACCUGUGCAAAGCAUGAUGCCUCGAAUGGGUUUUUCUCUCUUUGCCGCCAAGCUCCCUCAUCCUCCCCUAUCAUUUGAUUUUGUCACUCAUUUUGUGCUAAGAAAUUGAUAAGUUUGGGCUUUUUAUAUUCUCUGCCAAUUUUGUGAUUACUGUUGAAACACUGAUUUUGCUUAAGGCUUAGUCAUAUGGUCUUCCAAUUUAGUAUCUAGAAUGGAAGUCCUCGUUAGCUAGGAUAUUCAUCC